AUGCAAUACGCGUGCAAGUCCAUUUCCAAGGCGACGCUAAUCGAAGCGGACGAUAUAGAGGACGUUCGCCGCGAGGUGCGUCUGCUGCAGAAAUCGAUGGGCCAUCCAGGCGUCAUGCGGCUGCACGCGGUGUUCGAAGACGACAGCGACGUGUACCUGGUUACAGAGCUCUGCGACGGCGGCGAUCUCUUCGACGAAAUCGCGAGACGCGGGCGAUUCAGCGAGCGCGACGCGGCGCAGGUGUUCAUGCAGGUGGCGUCGGCCGUCGCAUUCUGCCAUUCCCGCGGAGUGAUGCAUCGCGACAUCAAACCCGAAAACAUCCUCCUCUCCACCUCCCCGCUCCUACCCUCCGAAAGAACACCGUCAAACCCGGCGGAAAACCCGGCGUCAUCGCAACCCUCGAUCGCCAAAAACCAGCACCGCUCGUACCACUCCGUGAAACUCGCGGACUUUGGUCUCGCGGUCCCCUUGGAGCGUGGCGAGUGGACGACGGGUCCCGCGGGGUCGCCGUACUACAUGGCGCCGGAGGGGAUUCUAGACAGCGUGGUGAACGGGCGGGUGGAUUUGGGAGAAAAUUCGGCGGCGUGGGCGGGCGCGCGCGUGUCGGCGGAGGCGCGCGGGCUGAUUCGGUGCAUGCUGGAGAGGGACCCGCGGCGACGACCGUCCGCCAACAAGGUGCUCUCGCACCCCUGGCUGCUGCUGCACGCCUUCGGCGGACGCAUCGUGCGGAAGGUGAAGGGGUGCGUGCACGCGGAGGAUGGGAGCAAUGCGUCCGCGACGGCGGGUGUGAUUGUAUGA